GCUAUCCAUGCACAGUAAUUUUGAGGUAGGGAGAGUCUUGCUGUCCAGUAUUGCCCUAGUCCAGUCCAGUCGCCUGUCCACCACUCUGACUAAUCACUGUCACUCACCCGCCCCCUUCUCUCUGAUUCCUGGCCUUCUGAUCCUUCUCUCUCUCCAAUGACUAAUCCCAUCGGGGCCAAUCCUCCACUAUCAUUCAAUGCGCCCUAAAACCAGCAAAUACGACUGCCACCGUUCCACUUAUCACUGAUGUCACCACCCUCACGAAUUGGCGCGUCAAGUAUCCACCCCCGUCUAUAUAUUACAAACAAAGAUACCCCAUCUCCAUUCCAUCCUUAAUAAUUUCCCAAAUCCGUACUAUUUGGUAAGAACGGGAAGUGGAAUUGAAUUGAGUUUUGUUGGAUUGGAAUUGGAAUCAGUUCUUCCUCCGUCAGCGGUUGCGAUCUCUCUCAAUUCCGGCGGAAGACAUGGCGAUGAAAUGAAGGAGCGGCAGCGCUGGCAACCGGAAGAAGACGCCUUGCUGCGAGCCUACGUGAAGCAAUAUGGGCCGAAAGAGUGGAGCCUGGUCUCCCAGCGGAUGGGGAAGCCCCUCCUCCGUGACCCCAAGUCCUGCCUGGAGCGGUGGAAGAACUACCUGAAGCCCGGCCUGAAGAAGGGCUCGCUCACCCCGGAGGAGCAGGCCCUCGUCGUCUCCCUCCAGGCAAAGCACGGCAACAAGUGGAAGAAGAUCGCCGCCGAGCUCCCCGGCCGCACCCCCAAGCGCCUCGGCAAGUGGUGGGAGGUCUUUAAGGAGAAGCAGCUCAAGUUGCAGUCUCAGAGGCAAAAGAACAAACACCUUCUGUGCAGUACAUCGUCGUCGUCGACCCAGCUGCCACCGGACAUGAAUAUUCCGGUCGCUGGAAUUGGAUCUCCGGAGAAGGCCGUUAAGGGUCCCUACGACCACAUACUGGAAACCUUCGCCGAGAAAUACGUCGUCCAGCCAAAGGUUUACGGUGCUGCGUUCCAGUCCACCACCAUGAUGCAAGAACCGGACCCUGUACUUUCACUCGGGUCGGUCGGCUCCACCGCGACGUCCGUAACUGCACCUUCCGUUAUGCCUCAGUGGAUGAACAUUAACCCGUCGUCAACAACGUCAUCCACGUCCUCCACCACCCCUUCGCCUUCGGUGAGCUUGACGCUGUCUCCCUCCGAUCCGGUUCCCGACACGGACCCGACCCGUUUUUAUCAGAUGGGCACUCUGAUUCAGCUGUGCAAGGAGGUGGAGGAGGGGAUGCAGAGCUGGAUGCAGCAGAAGAAGGAGGCGACAUGGCGGCUGAGCAGGCUGGAGCAGCAGCUGGAGGCGGAGAAGGGAAGGAAGCGGAGGGAGGCGGUGGAGGAAAUCGAGGCACAUAUAAGGUGCUUGAGACAGGAGGAGGUGGCGUUGGUGGGGAGAAUAGAGAGGGAUUACAGGGAGGAGCUGAGCGCGCUGCAGAGGGAGGCGGAGGGCAAGGAGGCGAAGUUUGUGGAAGCUUGGUGCGGCAAGCAUGCGAAGCUGGCGAAACUUGUGGAGCGGAUUGCGGUCGGGGUUGGGUUUAGCAGUAAACCAAGUUAAUUAGAACUAAUUAUGUGGUUUGGUUUUGAAAUUUUACUUGAAUUAACACUCUCCGCAACUUGUCAUCUUUCAUUUUCCUUCUCUUUUUUCUGUUAUUACUGACAAAAAAAAAAUCUUUAAAUAAAAGUUUUUAGAUAUAA